GUUAUUACAGACUCUAUCUUCAGACUCUAUCUUCUAAUUCCAAUGAUCAACCUUACAGAAUUGCCUACCACUUCCAACCUCCCAAGAAUUGGAUUAAUGGACCAAUGAGAUAUGGAGGACUUUAUCAUUUGUUCUAUCAAUACAAUCCUAAAGCUGUUGUUUGGGGAAAUAUUGUGUGGGCACAUUCAGUGUCCAACGAUCUCAUGAAUUGGACACCACUAGAUCCUGCCAUCUUCCCUUCUCAACCGUCGGAUAUAAAUGGUUGUUGGUUAGGAUCAGCUACACUUUUUCCUGGGAACAAACCAGCCACUUUGUACACAGGAUUGACUCCAUGA